GUCGACGGAUGAUUUCGAGGCAGGAUUCCUUAACAGGGCCUAUCUUGACGUUCCCGUGUUUGCUGGGAGGCUCGGCUUUGGAGGAAGGUAUUAAGAAACGGAUGAUGUUUUCUUGAAUUUGCUUCUGUAUUUGCUUCAUCAAUGUCUUUCAUAUUGAAUAUCUUAAGAGAGAUGCUGGAAUAUUUUGGUGUUCCCAUGGACCAGGUUUUGCAGAUUUGGAUAAAUAAAGACUAUGGAUCAACUCGGAGUAUUGUUCGUAUUAUUGGGAAAAUUCUUCCUUUAGAACCUUGUCCCAGGCCUAAUUUUGAGUUGAUCCCACUCCUGAACUCUGUAGAAUCUGGUAACUGUGGAUCUGUAAUUCCAUCUUUUGCUGAUAUUUUGUGUGUGGCAAAUGAUGAAGAAGCCAAUUAUCUCAGAUUUCGAAAUGGUGUAUGGAAAAAUGAGGAAGAGGAGAAAAGUAAAUUUUUUCAUCCAUUGCAAGUAGUUUGGGAUCCAUUGUCACCUGCUCCAAGACAUAACAAACCAAUGAAAAAUGAUCAGCCUGUAAGUGAAGCUGCAAUUAAAAAAAUAGCUGCUCUUGAAGAUGAACUAACUUUUCUUCGCUCUCAGAUUGCUGCAAUUGUGCAAAUGCAGGAACUGAAAAACAGUAUCAAUUCUGGCUCCUUUGACUUGAAUGAUGGGCCUGGUGGUUUGGGACAAAUGCCAUCAUCAGAGACUGCUCAACAGAGUGUUGAAUCAGAUCCAUUUUCAAGUUCAGGGCUCCCCUGUCCUCCUCCUCCACCACCACUGCCCCCUCAGUUCUCUUCUCUACCGCCUCCAUGUGCUCCUCUUGUACAACCAGGAUCUAAUAAUACUUGUGACUCAGAUAAUUCAGCAACUAAAAUGAAAAAACAGCACCCAGGUGCUGCUAGCAAGACCAAUUAUAGUCGUCAUUCAAAAAACCAGAAAAACCAAGAUGUUCCAAACAUGUUGGAUGUUCUCAAGGAUAUGAAUAAGAUUAAACUUCGUGCCAUUGAACGGUCACCUGGAGGCAGACCCAUUCAUAAGAGGAAAAGACAGAAUUCACAAUGGGAUCCGGUGUCUUUAAUAUCCCAGGCACUUAAGCAGAAAUUUGCAUUUCAAGGUGAUGAUUCCUUUGAGAAAGAAAAUAGGUCAUGGGAGUCUUCUCCAUUUUCCAGUCCAGAAACUUCAAGGUUUGGACAUCACAUUUCACAGUCAGAACUAAAGGAAGAACUGACAAACACAAAAGGUGUGACCAAGGUGUGAACAAUGCGAGCUGUCUACCCUUACAAGGAAAGAUUGCAGAAAUAUGCCGGCAUGCCUUUCAGUACAUGUUAAUCUUCUGUUAAUGAAGUUAAAUGAAGUCUGUACCCUGGGGUGUAUUAGGGCAGCGGCCCGAAGAACCUUGACUCUUAAGAAUACCUGUGUGGUUUUAGAAGAUCCAGCAGCUGGAUCUGAUGAUAGUUAUGUAUAUUGAUUUUUUUUCAUGUAUGUUAAUGUUAUUAAAGGCUGAAUACACACUUUGAAUGAUUUUCCUAAGAGCUAAAUAGUAAAUGACUUAAUGUUUCUCAUUAGAGAACAUUAGUUUUUCAUAUAGAGGGUCUCACUGUAAGGUAACAGGAGCCAUUUUAAUGGAUUAAGAAGUUCAUGUAAGCUAAGUCUGUAUGGUACUAAGCAAAUGAUAGUAUGUUUGAGUUUUUUAAAGCAAUUAUGACUUUCUAAUUUAAGAGCCUCUGAAUUUUAAAAAAAUUGGUAGUGAUCUGGUUGACUUGGUUGACCUCCAGGACCUUGGAGAUUUUCAAAGAAUAUAAUUUUUUCAUUAAGAUAGUUAUAGUUUGAAUCAUAUAGGUUGAGCCUCCUAAAAAUUCUUCUGAGGUGAUAGAGAAUUAUUUUUAAAAACUGAUUUGAUAAAUGCUAGUACUUAAAGAAUCUUCUUCAUAAUUUUGCCUAUACUUGCUAUGUAAAUAUGCAUGUCUAUCAUUUUAUUUCCUCUGUUCCUUAUUAUAGUUACAUUCUUUCCUUUGUAAAUAGAAUGUAAA